AGACGCGGAGGGAAGACCAGAGCGGUUGGCCGCGGCGCUGGCCGAGGCACCCAGCGCGGAGUCAAGCGAGGAGGCGGCGCCAGAGCGCCCGGCCCCGCCCCUUAAAGUGCCCUCGGCCCGCGGACCACGCCGGUCGCGCUGCCGCCGAGCUGCGCGCCCGGGCCUGCGGGCUGUGUGUCGCUGCCGAAGCCGGCGAUGGUAGUCUGCCGCUCGCAGAGGCGCCAGCGACCCUGCGCGCCCAGAGCCUUCCCAGUCGGCUGUCCAGCCAAAGAGGGAGAGAGCUGCGUGUCCCGGACUAGCAAGCCCCCUAACUACACGCCACACUCCUCUCCGGGACCCACCAGCUCCCACCCCGCUGGUCCGCUCCUCCUCCCCGGUGAACGCGGCGCACGGGCCGGGCCAGAGAAUGCGGCUGGGGUAUCCGGAGCUUGGCUCCACGGAGCUCAGAACCCAGUUGAGAGUAAUAGAACCCCGCACUCAUCUGCACGCUGCUUUGUAUUUCAUUUACGUAGCAAGCUUUGGGUCGACGCCAGCACGUGCCCCCACCCCUACGCAGACCCUAAAGGAGCCUCUCUUCUACACUCCUAAAGUCAGUGUCCCUACCAGGCCCGUCUUGCUCCACAAGUUUUUUCACCCAUGAACACCCCCAACAGCACUAGUAAGAACCCGCAACCCGGAUCCCGACCACCCGGUUCUCCAGAAGACAAUACUCCAAUUCUCUGGGAAGUGGGAGAGACCAAGCUGCAUCCGGGGGUACUUUGGGACCCCACUCGGGCUUUGAAAACGCCAAGUGGUUGAUUAAUCUUCUAAGCACUCAGAAACCUUCCGUCUUAGUCUUGGAGUUUAGGAAGCAACGAACACAGUGGCCUUGGGGGUGCCUGCGGCCAAAGGCCACCCCUGCGCCUCGGACCUCUGGGCUGGGAUGAAGCUGGAGGUCUUGGGAAGCAAGUCUACCCCUUUGGCUCUCCUCAGCCCUGCAGGGUGGUUUACCAACCUCAGCCAGAUAGUUAUGGCUGGAUGAAAGAAGCUGGCUCUAACCUUUCACUCCGUGACCAUCUCCUCUUCUACCAUGGAGAAAGCCUUGUUGCCCCUGACUGUAACAUCUGACCUAAGGCCCUUUAAUCAACAACUCCCUGAGCCUCCAGACCCAAGAUGUGUCUUGGAACCUCAGGACAGCCUGGAAUUGGCCCCUGCCCUUGUGUGUGCCCUCUUCUGCUGCUUUGGAAUCAUCUACUGCUGCUUUGUGCAUCCACUCUACCUCCUGAUUUCUCCACCUACCCCCUCAGAAUUUCUAAAUGUCUUCCUUCUAUUGCUGGGCUUAUCCUUUUCUUGCCCUGUCCUUGAGGCCCCAUGCCAUGCUGCUCCUGGCUUCCACUCCUUUUCCCCAUAUACCAGUACCAUCCCUAUAGGACCUCUUUCCACCUCUCAAUGCUGCCUACCUCCAUUCCCAGGCUACCGCUGCUUCAAGGCAGUGAUGUUUCUCUCCGGUCUGCUGUCAGGAGCUCUGGUGAUCUUCCUGCUGUGCCAUAAGGAGCGGGUGCUGGAGACCCAGUUGAGCCUGGAGGUGAGCGCAGGCAUCGCACUGGGCAUUGGACUCCUCUGCGGCCUGGUCACCAUGCUGGUUCGCAGUGUUGGGCUUUUUCUGACUGGUCUCCUGCUAGGCCUGACCCUGGGUGCUGGGGCCUUACUGGGCACUGAACCCAUCUAUCAGCCACCUUCAGCCUGGGUGCCAGUCGGUGGACUGAUGGGGCUGGCACUGCUGGGAGCCGUGCUCACGCUUCGGUGGCCACGUCCGUUCACCGUCCUAGGCACAGCCCUGCUCGGUGCUGCGGUGCUGGUGGCCUGUGCCGACUACUUCCUGGAAGGACUGGCGCUGGGCACUCGGCUGGGCGAACGCCUGCAGGCACUUCCAGAGUUGCUUCCUCUUUGCUGGUAUAGCUGGGUCUUACUGGGGACCUGGCCAGUCUUGGGGGCUCUUGGGACACUGACCCAGUGGAAACUCAUGGCUGAGGAACGUGGAAUCCACACCAAUGUGGUCUUGAGCCACCAGCGAAGGCAUCUCCCGCUUCUUCGGAUCCAUCAGCCAGAGGCCAAGUGGCAUCGGAACCCUUCUGGGGUGGGACUGUGUGAAGGCAGCUAUCAGAGCCAGCUUCGCGCCAGUAUCCAGAGCCCUGCUCGUGUUGUGGCUCCACCUUAUCUUCAGAGUCUUCGUGAGUACCAGCUGGGACCAGGCACCCAGGCCGCAGGCCCCCCCACAAUCCUGGACCUGGAUUCUAACUGCAGUUCCGCUGCCCUCUUUACCACACCUUCUCGCUCUGACCAGACCUGAGCCUAAACCUCCAAUGAUACUGAUACCCCUAGUGAGAAAAGGAGAUUGCUAAGUGGGCCCGAGCCCACAGAACCUUACAGAUUUCCCUGCCUCUUGGACUUGGGGAUAGGUUCUGUACCCAGACCAACCCUUUAGAGACAGGCAGAGAAAAUUCUUAGAAAGAUGAAAUACCUACCUCUGUCCAGCAGUCGAGGUGCCUUGAUCCCUAGAGACACUGACUCCAAACCAAGGAGGUUUACCCAAAGUAGCUCUUUAUUAGCUCCUGUAAUGCUGAGACAGAACUCUGUGUCCACAGUAGACAAGCGUUCUACCAAUGAACUACAGCUCACUCUCAAACACCCAUUUUGUUUUCAUUUGGUUUGGGGUUUUUUGUUUUGAUUUGUUGUUGUUGUUUGGGUUUUCUGUUGUUUUGGGUUUGUUUGUUUGUUUGUUUGUUUUUGAGACAGGGUUUCUCUGGCUGUCCUGGAACUCACUCUGUAGACCAGGCUGGCCUUGAACUCACAGAGAUCAACCUGCUUCUGCCUCCCCAGUCCCGGGAUUGCAGGUGUGCACCACCACGUAGGGAGAAUGGCCCAGAAGUGCUCUGAUAUCUCCCAGCCCCCAGGCUCCUUCUUAGGGGGUAAUUGGGCUUCUGGUUAACCUUUCUCCCUGGACCCUCUAUCUAGUCUUGAGUCCCCUCUACCUCCAGGGGGAGCACCAUCCUCCAUGGUGAUUUCCCCUCUCUCCUCAGCGGGAGAAGACCACAGUAUCUGCCUCAGCUCCCCUCUCUCCAAGCUGGUUCCUUGCUCCAAAAGAGCAUUGGCUCCCAUGGCUGGCCUCGCCUUUUGCUCAGAGGAGCCUGGUAUCCGGCCUAUAUGGUAGUCAAGUGCCUUCUCUGUCUCUCAACACAGGUAAUACUAGUUUCCUCCUAAAAACUAGAAUUUGAGUCCAGCCACUAACCCACUCUAACACCCUCCUCUGACAUGCCUGACCAAGGUCUGCUUCCAGCUUUCCCAGAUAGUAUGAAGGAAGACACCUCCCUCCCCUAAGCAGAGAAAGAACAAGGAAAUAUGGGAAUAAAAUAGCAUUGAAAAAUCGA